CACGCACACCUCUCGCGCAGAUAAGAACAUCCCACAUACUCGCGCGACAUCAACAACAAUGGCAAACCGUAGUCUGUUUUGGUAGGAGAUUUCUGAUUGGAGCUACACGGUCUCAAACUCCACAAUCACGACUAAUUUGUUCUCCUGAAUUGACGAGUUUUAUGUAAAAGCGAGCGUGUUCGUCCGUGGUUAUAUUUUUCCGUUUCACAUUUUUUUCCCCGAAAAUGUGCGAGGCGCUGCUGGCGAGCUCACACAGUCUGUGCAUGUGUGUCCCUGCUGCUUUUCUGCUGGGCUACAGCUACUAACCUAGCUGCUUUUCACUCGGUGGUUAGCUAACGUUAGCCUGGCCGCGUUUAUAGACUUUAGGAAAAAAACACAAGCGAAUGUAAACCGUAUUUGUGCUAUCUGUUUUGUGACAACAGCGCUUAACUAUUUUGCUAAUCGUCGCUGUUGGGUACGGUAAGAGGUAUUGUAUGAUUUGUCGUAGAAAAUACUUUGCUGGCUAGCUAAUAGGCUAGCUAUUUGUGUGUAUUCUUCGACUGAGGAAAACGGCGAGUUUUCUUUGAAAGUAUGGAUGACCAGACCAGGAUGAUGACGGGUCUCACCGGACUCGGUGGACUAGCACAAGCCGAUGUAGGCGACCCUGACUCGGUCAGGAAACAACAGUCCCUCGGUCAACCACAGCAAGACAUCGGGGAUAUCCUACAGCAAAUAAUGGCCAUCACCGACGAAAGCCUGGACGAAGCACAGGCCAGAUGCUGGCCAGAGGAAUCGCCGGCGCAUUGGGGUGGAUCAGACGACCCCACAGAGGGAGGGAGAGCAGGGGGGGGCAUGGCAGGGGGUGGCCUGCCACUCAACUUCCAGCACAGGAAGCAUGCCCUGAACUGUCACAGAAUGAAGCCAGCCCUCUUCAGCGUUCUCUGUGAGAUCAAAGAGAAGACGGUGCUGAGUAUACGAGGUGUGCAGGAGGAGGACCCCCCAGAUCCCCAGAUCAUGCGGUUGGACAACAUGCUGUUAGCAGAGGGGGUGUCGGGACCAGAGAAGGGUGGAGGAUCAGCUGCAGCGGCUGCAGCUGCAGCAGCAGCAGGGGGCUCACCCACCGACAGCAGCAUCGAACACUCCGACUACAGAGCCAAGCUUGCUCAGAUUCGCCAGAUAUAUCAUUCUGAGCUGGAGAAGUAUGAGCAGGCCUGCAGUGAGUUCACCAACCAUGUAAUGAACCUGCUGAGAGAGCAAUCUCGCACACGGCCCAUCUCUCCCAAGGAGAUUGAGCGCAUGGUGGCCAUAAUCCACCGCAAGUUCAGCUCCAUUCAGAUGCAGCUCAAACAGAGCACCUGUGAGGCUGUCAUGAUUUUGCGCUCACGCUUCCUUGAUGCCAGACGUAAGAGGCGCAAUUUCAACAAACAAGCUACAGAGGUGCUGAACGAGUAUUUCUACUCCCACUUGUCUAACCCUUACCCUAGUGAGGAAGCCAAGGAGGAACUGGCCAAAAAGUGUGGGAUCACUGUGUCUCAGGUCUCUAAUUGGUUUGGCAACAAAAGAAUACGCUACAAGAAGAACAUUGGUAAGUUCCAGGAGGAAGCGAACCUCUACGCCGUUAAAACAGCGGUGGAUGCUGCCAAUGUGUCGGCGCAGGCUAGCCAGGCUAACUCUCCGGCAACACCCAACUCAGGGUCACCGGGGUCAUACAGCUUGUCUCACACAGGCGACACCUACCUUGGCCUGCGCUCCCUCAACGGGGAGGGUCUCAACAUCGCCCCCCCUCUCCAGCCUCAGGUGGAUACCCUGCACCGUGCUACACACCUGACGGGCGGCUAUGAGGAGUUGUCAGGUAGUGGCCUCUACACCCCUCAUCGCCUGGAUAAUACUCUCUUCCCUGACUGUUUGUAGGCUAACAGCUGGCAGGACACCACCAACCCCCCUUCGGUUACCUCCCCUCCCGGUCCUCCUGGCAGUGUCCACUCCGACACCUCCAACUGAUCCGGUGGCCCUCCCUGCCAUCACUUUCCCGCUGCGGUCUGCUCUGACUACCAUACUCUGUCCCCAUUUUUCACUUCUCCCUUGUCUUUCAACUCGAUAGCCACAAAAAGGCUGUACUUGCAUUUCAUAAACACACACUGUGCUGGAACACAGGACAGCCGAACAGUUGCAAAGAGGAAUCCUCCCUCCAGCUCCACUCCAAUGCUAGAAGCUUCAUAACUCAGAAUGACAGGAGGAUGGAGCUUCCGGAUACUGAGACAACAUCUUUACUUUCAAGGACUUUUUAAAAACCACUGACCCAGCUGUGUAGAUGAUCAUGAUGUCUGUACAUUAUGUGUAUAUGCACGUUAACUUCACACAGUACUCACACAGCUUGUUCAUGUGCCGUUGACCUCUGCACUCAACCCUUUGCUUUGGAAAACUGUGUGUGAUUGCCUGUAUCUCUUGAAGCCUUGGCAUUUGACAGCCAAACUGUUGAUACGGAUCACCAGGGAGCUCUGCUCACCUUGCUCGUACCAAAGUGCUGCCCCAGUAGUUGUCAACACAUCUGUUCCUCUGAGAUCACCCUCUGCCAACUCAACUCAAGACACUGUCGUAUCUUCCAGUCCUUAUGGCUUGAUGUUUCAUUCUGUUGGAGAUUUCAAAGUGAACAAGCGAUAUGCACAACGGUGCAUGCAAAGACCUUUCCAUAACAUACACCUCACAACUUUUCAGUCGUUUUCAUAGUGAGCUGACAUAAAAGAUGUGUCAAGCACAAAAGUUAGCAUCCUUGUUAUGGGUGUCUCUACCUGUAAAAGGGUAGUUAAGGGGAUCACUGUUCUAAAUGAGGCAGGACAAGUGAUAAUAGGGCUGGUGAGAAGAGGAGGAAAGGGCAGAGAGAGGAGAAUAUCUUUGGUUGAGUGGAUGUAACUAAUAGCCCUUUUUGUUGCUAACCAAUAGAGGGUGUUGGUAGAUGGCUUGUAGACUUUACUUCUUGCUUUCUGUCCACUAGUUUAUUUGAUUGUAGGCUAUUUUCUAAUGCUGUUUCACCAAGAAUGCACCAGCCACCACCAAAAAUUAGCUCAAUAAAGCAUCUUAAAUGACGAUAAAAGAAGGGUGGAAAGAUUGUGGGGCAUUGAUGUGUUAUUGGGACAAACGUGACAUGAAUUUAGAAACGUGACUGUCUUCCAUGCAUGUAGGACUUCUAGGCGUGAUAUUGUUUUCAUUUAACCUUCCAAGUUUUUAGCUUAAUUUUUAUUAACAAAAAAUAAAGGGUAUAAUUAUUACAGUCAGACCAAAAAGGAAAAAGUGCAUCAUGUAUUGCUAUGAUGUGUGUGUCUCUGUGUGGGCGUGUGUACAGUAUUCUUGGGAUGUCUUAGUCGAACUGGCUGGUGCACUCCGACCUUUGUCAGCAUUAUAGAGACUGGGUGCUUCCACCAGCCAAAUGACACACCAGAUGGGGCUCGACUGAGAUCUCCUCCUCCCCAUCUCAAUACAUUUUAGCUUGUGAGCCCGAGGCAACACACUACAACCUUCUGUUGUACCAAAACCAAAAAUACCAAGUUCAGCAAUGUAAUAAUGCUACUCUGUGUCUAUCUAAAGUUGGUGCACAGCCACCUUUUCAGUUUGAGGAGAGGAGGGAAUUAUAUUUGUAUCUGUGUCUCUCUGUGUGGUGUCGUCAUGCCUCAAGUUGGUUUGAUUUUUUUGGGGUUUUCUUUUUGUUGUGGGGCUUCUUGGGUGGGUGGGUGCAGUGAGGACCGUCAUAUCACACCUGUAAUUUGAUUGUGAGCAUAGAAGGCAUGCUCUCCCCUUUAACCAUCUUUUAAUACCUUCUGGUAAAUCCACAAUUAGUUUUUAGGUAUAUGGCCGAUUGGGCAAGGGCUUCUCUCUCUCCUCUGUUACCAAAAAAAGAGGCAGCACUGGGUGUGGAAAAACUCAACUCAUGUUUAAAGACAAACCUGUAACAUUUUGGGGGACUUUUGUUCUUUGGAACUGUUUUAUACAUUAACUGUUAUGUGAAUAACAAAGCAUUUUGAUAGUAAGGUGAAGCCUUAUGAAGAUUUAAGUGUCAGUUAAGACUUUGUUGAACCAUAUGUUACAGAACAAAACUUGAGCUUGAAAGCUGGUCACAUGUGAUAUCCCACAUUUAAUUACUUGUUUUGUUACUCAUAGCAGUUCAUAUGACUGUAUCGUAUGAAUAAUGUUAUCGCCACACCAAAUUAUCAUGCCCCCACCCCCUUUUUCUACCUGUUGUAAUGGAUGUCACUGUACAGUUUGUGUAAUGUUUCAGUAUUUUUUUCUUUUAUAAAUUUUGAUGUUUCGUUGAGAUGCCAGUUUUAUUUUGGCCUCUGUGUCACAGGAUUCACAAUAACUCUGUAUCAGUUUUGAAUAUUAUUUAGGUCUUUUGUUACAUAACCGGGUUGCAAUGUAGGGUUUACAGAUGCAGCAUUUGGUGCUGUGGAAAGAGAAUUGUAUUCUCCUAUGGACAUUAUUAGAUUUUAUUUUGGUAAUUUUUCCCAUUUGAUUCCCCAUAAGUUUCCACACUUCCUCAGUUGUUUAGUCACCUUUCCAAAUAUUUAAAUCGAACUUGCUCAGAUCAUUCCAUGAAAUCUGAAAUUUCAAUUUGCAAAGAUAAUUAUAUGAACUGAAGUUUAUCUUGUGGACCUCCACAUCAGCUAAAUGUGAAACCUGAAUUUCAAUUAAUUCUAAAAAAAACCAUUUAAAUCAUUAGGAUUGUGAAAAUAUGAUAGCAGUACAUUUGCUUAAUUGUUUGAUUUUCUUUUGACAAAUAGCUAAAUUAUAAGUCUUGUUUCAGCUUGGAACAGGCAAACCUGUAGGAAAGACCGCUAUUUACAUUUAAGCAGAUGAUCUUUGCUUCAGUUUCCAUGUGAAACUCCUGCCACUCACCUCAAAGAUUAGUACAGCAAAAAACAUCCUUGCCAAAGUACUCAUUGCCGGUAUUUACUGUAUGCCCCCCUGUAAUUUUGCAUCAGAGCUAUAUAUCUAAAAUACAGAACCAAAUUUUAUUUCCUCUUGUAAAUCACGUUUAACGAUUGUUUGAAUUGUGCAAGUGACUAAAUGACAUCCACAGCACCAAAUGGCUCCUUAAACCUUUUUGAUUUCUUUCUUUUUAUUAGUAUAUUUGUAUCUCCCCUCUUUCCCUUGUAUUUACCCCUCUCUCUACCUCUGUCUUUCCAUUUCUCUUGUAUAUAACCCCCACUGUUUUCAGACUUGUGAGUCUGUAUGAACUCCUUUUAUACCUCAACUUUAGAAUUGUUCUAGAAAGAGUAAAACAAAAGGAAGAAUAUGACAAAUUGUAGUGUUCUUAUUAGAAAAUUAAUAAAAAUGAUUUAGUGUGAUUUUUCAGUAUUUGAUUUCAGAUUUUAGGAGUGUUUCAUUUUAUAAUUUGUCACAAAUGCUCUUGUGAUAGUCAAAUGUAAUAAAAGGAGAGAUUGCACCAUC